ACUCCUCCCUUUCCCCGCCCCACAACGUUUGCCUUGACGUCAGUAGGGGGCCAUUCAGCCUUGAGUGUGGAGCUACGAUCGUCUUAACAAAGCGGAGGAUGAAAUAUAAAUCAAAUGGUGCUUAUUCAUGGACAUCCUAGUAAAUCGCUGUGUAACAGAUGCAAUCAAAGGGGAAGAUUUGAAUGGUUAUUUCUCUUUUGUUCUAGAUGCUCCUGGUGCAGAUGAAUAAGCCUUAAUCACAGAUGCAGUCAAGAUCUUGUAUUUCAAAGGCUAACAUAUGCUGAAGGAGGGCAGACCCACUCGUGCUGUCUUCGUAGUUAGAACACCUGAACACCCUCUGCAAGCAUGCAGAUCUACACAACACAUUAAACAUUGCGCUUUGUGGCUAAGUAAAACUGGCUCUAGGCAGAAGGUUGAUGGACAUUGCAACUUGGCUUGUGUAGUCUGUUACACUGGUUGUCAUUGCUGUGUAUAAAAAAGUUAAAAUAAAGGCUACAAAAAUAAGUCUGCAAGAUGGUAAAGAGGAUUCUGUUUUGCUGCCCCCGACAAUUGCAUUCACUGGUUCUGUCUUCACAGAACACACAUUGACUAGUUCUGUAGGCACCUGACCUGCACCUACCAUUUGCCUUAGGAGGAAAUGAAAAGCGUGUUUUGGAGUAACAUCUCUCACUCAUUUUUGCCUUGGCCAACUACAUUGUUAAAAACUGACAGGGUUCUUCCAGUUAUCCAUGUAAAGGGACUUUUCUAAAGAAAAUUUGUCCUUUUUUAUGAAUGUCAGGGAUUCUCUAUUCCUAUUGUAGGAGAGAUGUCUUCCUCCUCUGUCUGAUCAGUUCAUUAUGUCCCACAGCUGCAAAUACAGUUUACAUUUUAUUUACGAGAGAGAGUUCACAGCUCUGAAGUCUGGAAGCUCAACAGGAAGUGGAAAAAACGUGCAACAGUUUGCAUUUUUUAAAAAUAUAAAGAUACCAUUUCUCUUCGUUUGUUACUGAAGAAAAAUUCUGCAGGACAUACAUCCGUUUUUCCAUCAGACUUGAUUAACCCACAGCAAUGUUUGUGUUUCUGCCUUUCAACAACCUGUUAUGCAAUCUACUAGGGAUCUCCCUGACAGUGUGGUUCACAUUACUUAUGGUGUUUAUAAUUGUUCCUGCCAUCUUUGGAGUCUCCUUUGGGAUAAGGAAGAUAUACAUGAAAACACUCUUGAUAAUUUUCAAGUGGGCAACAUUGCGUCUAGAGAGAGGUGCCAAAGAGAAGAACCACCCACUCUAUAAGCCCUAUACAAAUGGUAUUAUAGCAAAAGAACCAACAUCCCUUGAAGAAGAAAUCAAACAGAUCCGAAGAAGUGGGAGUAACAAGUCUCUGGACACUGCAGAGUUUGAACUCUCUGACAUUUUUUAUUUUUGUCGGAAAGGAAUGGAAAAUAUAAUGGAUGAUGAAGUUACAAAAUGUUUCUCUGCAGAAGAACUGGAAUCCUGGAAUCUGCUCAGUCGGACUAAUUAUAACUUCCAGUAUAUCAGUUUACGGCUGACAGUACUUUGGGGUGUGGGUGUAGUUAUCCGUUAUGGUUUCUUGUUGCCAUUAAGGGUGGCACUAGCUGUUACAGGAGUCAGUUUGCUAAUCACUGGUACGACUAUCGUGGGAUGUUUACCCAAUGGAAGGUGGAAAGAUUUUCUUAGUAAACAUAUUCACUUGAUGUGUUACCGAAUCUGUGUGCGGGCUCUUACUGCUAUCAUAACGUACUACAACAGUGAAAACAAGCCAAAAAAUGGAGGAAUCUGCGUGGCAAAUCACACAUCUCCCAUUGAUGUUAUCAUAUUGGCCAGCGAUGGUUAUUAUGCUAUGGUAGGCCAGGUGCAUGGAGGAUUGAUGGGGAUUAUACAGCGAGCUAUGGUUAAAGCGUGCCCGCACAUCUGGUUUGAGCGUUCAGAAGUGAAGGAUCGCCAUCUAGUGGCCAACAGGCUGAGUGAGCACGCACAUGACAAAAACAAACUACCGAUCCUGAUAUUUCCAGAAGGAACUUGUAUCAACAACACAUCCGUAAUGAUGUUCAAGAAAGGCAGCUUUCAGGUUGAUGCUACAGUUUAUCCUGUUGCUAUUAAGUACGACCCGCGAUUUGGUGAUGCCUUCUAUAACAGCAGCAAGUAUGGUAUGAUCCGAUACUUGCUAAGGAUGAUGAGCAGCUGGGCAAUCGUCUGCAGCGUCUGGUACCUGCCACCAAUGACCAGACAGGAAGGUGAAGACGCUGUACAUUUUGCUAACCGUGUGAAGGCAGCCAUCGCCAGACAAGGAGGCCUAGCAGAUCUUUUGUGGGAUGGUGGCUUGAAACGUGAAAAGGUGAAAGAGACAUUCAAAGAAGAACAGCAGAAGCUGUACAGUAUGAUGAUCAGUGGUAGUCAAAGCGAUCGAAGCCGUUCCUGAGACCGUGUUGAUUGCAGUUUGUACUUCACCUUGGUGAAUGAAACAACAAAGCAUGGCAGGAGAAGAGAGAAGACUACAAAAUCUCCAGAGAGCUGCCGAAUAUUAUACUGGUGUUAGGGUCGGUAGGGCAGUUUUCAGUGAAUAAAACCCUGGAGGAUUUUAAGACUUAAUGCUGACCUUGUUACAGAUUUUCCUUUGGGAGGGAGGCUGUUAUAAUGGAUUGGAUCCAAUCCAAAAUAAUGACUGUAUUUAACGAAAGAUUAGAAAUAACUCUCUUUGGAGAUGUUUUAAUUACUGGUCAAACAGGAAAAGAUUAGGACCUUUUCAAGUUCACUGCGCAAUUUAAUUUUAAGGGGACAGACUGAACAUGCUUCUCCCACUGUCUUCAGCCUUUUCAGGUUUGAGUGAUGCAUUUCCACAGCAAGACCUCUGUUUGAGGAACUGCACGCCGUUUAAAAUCUGAGAUCACAAGAAAAAGCACUGUCUGUGGAUUAAAAUGACAUUUGUUGGUAUAUAACUGAAGGUGGAGGUCUGGGCUUCUGUUGGCCCGAAUCAGUUGUGGUAUAAAAAUUCCAGCUUUCAGGUAAUGAAAGCCAGUCCCGGUCAUGCUGUCUUGUUUGUCUGAUGGGCGUCUAUAGCUGGUCACGGAUAACAUCUUGGAUAACCACAUUAUGCAAACAUAGGGAUGCAUUGAGCUACCAUAUUACUGUUUACCAAUGAAGUAAUCCAGUAUCAAAAAGUUAAACAGUUACAAAAAAUAAGCAAAAAACGUCUACAAAAUGGACCUUUAACUCAAGCCACUUGUGAACUUUCCCUUACCAUGGGGUGCCUGUCAGAGCAAUAUUUGAAGUAGUGCAUGUUCUCUUUUGUGUUCAUUGUUAUUUUAUGUAGUGUUCGCAUGUGAUUUUUCAUUUCUGUAUUGACGCACAAGUGCAGCAGCUGCACUGGGUUUUUCUGGGGGUGGGGUGGGGAGGAUCAGUCAUUUGGCUUAGUCCUAAAAUGGAUUCAAAAGUGUUCAAUAAACUUUGUCAUCCUUUUCCUA